AUGCGCACAUGGUUGUAUAGAAUUGGCGAGAACAGCCGUGCUGAGGAUAUGCAGCGUGAGGAGGCAUAUGCUGCUGAGGACAAGUUGGAGAAGUGGAUGAAAAAGGAGGCUGUUACUCGGGCUCCUGUUAAAGGCAUGCCGGGAGCAUUGCAGUUGCUCUUAUUCAUCUCCGAAAUGGAGUCCGGCAAUGCUGUCCUUCAGACCAUACAGUCGUGUGAAAACCAGAGAGCCUACAAGUUGCUCAAAGAAAGGGAGGCCAGCCGUGAUAAGCUGACGAGAGAACGGAAGGGUAUUGACCAUCAGACUGAGAAGCUGACGAAGAGGGUCAUGGCCAGUUCCUCGGCCACUAGUAAGCUGGAGUCGUUGGAGGCUGAGUUCAGCAAGCAGACGGUUGGGUUGCAGUCACGGUCCGACUAUGUGGCGAAGAGGAAAAAGAUUGACGAACUGUUGAAGGGGGAAAGUGCUGAGGAAGCACACGUGCCAGAAAGCGUAGUGGCAUCACAUAGGAGGGACGCACCAGUGGCUAAGAAACGCAAGUCGGUUAAUAAAGUGGCUCUGUCCUUUGGUGAUGAUGAUGAUGAGGAUUCCUCCUCGAGUGAAGAGGGAGAUGAUGAGAAGGCUCGAGGGAAGAUUAUUAUACCCAAGCUUAAGAAGGACCCCAACGCGAAGACAGACUUUUUGCCAGAUGCGGAGAGAGAUGCAACUCUUGAGCAUGAUAGGGAGAGGCUCAUUAAGGAGUAUUACGAGGAGCAGGAGAGGCAGAAAGGACUUCCGCUGAAGGUUACGUAUAGCUACUUCAACGGCACCAAUCAUCGUCGGGCUAUUGAGGUCACGCAAGGCUGUACUGUGACGGACUUCUUGGCGAGAUGCAAGAAUCAAUUGGAGGCGGACUUUCCUGAGCUCAAGAGGAGCUCCUGGGACGAGCUGCUCUUCGUAAAGGAGGAUGUUAUACUCCCCGGCAACUUGCCUUUUCAUUCGCUUAUACGGGAUAAGGCUCGCAGUCAAGUGAAUGGGCUGCCGCUGUAUCAAUUUGAAGUCGAUGAUGGAGGUCUGGGUAUUGGAGACAUUCGCGCGACGAGAGAUAGAAGCAACCCAGGUAAAAUAGUCGAUCGUAAAUGGUACGAAGAGAACAAGCAUGUCUUCCCUGCCAGCAAGUGGGAGCUCUAUGAUCCUACUAAGUGCGCUAGUUCGGACGCUAAAGCGAAACUACAAAGUUUGACCUGA